AUGCGUUCCGGACUUCUUCUCCUUCCUAUCUUGGGUCUUGGCGAGGCCGCCGCCCUCAAGUCAUCGCGGGAAGCUCGCAGACUCGCCAUCCAGAACGAGGUCUUCGCCAAACUCCAGGAGAGACAAGAUUCCAACAAUGGCAUCUGCAAGACGGUGACCGAGACUAUCCAUCACACCGUCACGGUCGGUGCUCCUCUCGACGCCCGGAACUACAACGCGGACGCAUUCGAGGGCUUUGUCAUCUCCUUCGUCCCCACGACGCUUCAGGACGGCCAGGUGUCGACCAUGACUGUCUCCGUGCCGGCUGCUGGCGUCACCAACACCCCUCAGGCUACUACUCCCCAGGCUACUACUCCCCAGGUUGGCGGUGACAGCGGGGCCGUCGUCACCGUGACCCAAACCCAGGCCUGCCCCGCGCAGAACACCCCCGCCCAGGGCACUCCCGUCCAAGAUACUCCUGUCCAAGAUACUCCCGCACAGGACACUCCCGCGGCCACGCCAUUCACUACGAUAGGAUCGACACUGCCUGUAGUUCCCCCCGUCGUCGUCAGCCCCGGCAGCCAGAAAGACAGCGGUGUCACCACAGUUCCGAUCCCAGUGGCUGACUUGCCCACGACAACCUUUUCGCCCACCCCCUCGCCCAUCUCCCCAGCCGACAGCAGUGCUAGCGGCGGACAAGACACCCAGCAAAAACAGUCCCCCGCUCCACCCACUACCGCCUCUGCCCCGGCUGUCACCUCUGCUCCGGCCGCCACUUCUGCCCCGGCCGACACCUCUGCUCCGGCUGACACCUCUGCCCCGGCCGACACCUCUGCCCCGGCCGACACCUCUGCUCCAGCCGACACCUCUGCUCCGGCCGCCACUUCUGCGCCACCUGCCACGACAGCUCCGCCUACGACCACCUCCGAGGCUACCACCAGCCCUCUGAGCGAAACGCAGUCGCAAGAACAGCCAGUAGCCAGCAAGCCCGACCAGGCGGCACCCGCUGACGGCGCCGUCGACACGGACUUGACGACGACCCAGGCGGCAGCCACCACGACGGAGCCUCCCCCCAUUGAUAUCUCCAGCUUCAGCCUGAGGAGUGAGCUCGACCUCGGCAACCUGGCUGCGCGGACGGAGAUCCCGGCCCCCCCUAAGUCCACCGACGCUUGA